AUGCGAGCUUUGUCAGUGAAGAACAAGCUCGGGUUCAUCAAUGGUAGCUGUGUUAAACCAACUGUGAAUUCACCUCAGUCACGUCAAUGGCAACUAUGUGAUGAUAUGGUAACUUCCUGGAUCUUAAAUUCCCUCACUAAGGAGAUUUCAGAUAGUGUGGAAUAUGUUAAUGAUUCAGUGGAACUUUGGAAAGAACUUGAAGAUAGGUAUGAUCAGACUAAUGGAGCAAAGUUAUAUCAGAUACAGAGGGAAAUUAAUGAUCUCACACAAGGUAAUUUGGACAUCACUGUCUAUUACACUAGAAUCAAAAAGCUUUGGGAAGAAUUGAAUACUCUGAAUAUGAGAAAUCAGUGCUCUUGCACUUACACUUGUGGAGCCAAGGAUGGGCUACACAGAGCAGAACAUGAUAGACGUUUGGUACAGUUUUUGAUGGGGAUGAAUGAGGCAUACACUGUGGCUUUCUCUUUACUGAUCCAAGAGGAGAAACAGAGAGAAUUUAGACCUUCUAGUCUAAUUCCUAUGGAGUCAGCUUCUUUGAGUGUAAAUACUUCCAAUUGUAAUGAAAAGGGACCAGCAGGAAGGAACUACAAGACAUCAUUCUCCAACAACAACUAUUCUGGAAGUAACAGUACCUCAGGAAAUAACAAUAACUAUGGAGGAUCCAAUUAUUACUCAGGCAGCAGUAGUAAUAGGAAUGCUAUGUUUUGUGAUUUCUGCAAAAAGACGGGAUAUAUCAGGGAGAAAUGCUACAAGUUAAAUGGAUAUCCACAAGGACACAACAACCAGGCUAACAGGAACAAUGGAUUUCAUGCUAGAUAG